AUGAUCCUCUUGAUCAAUACUCCUCGAAAGCUCAUGGAUAUUCUUCAUAAACGAGCUCAACCCAGCAUGAAGAUCGACCCUCUCAUGAUGGAGUCGUCCAAUAUUAACAGCAAUCAUCAGGACGAGCGUAGCAAGGCCAUCAUCACUCCAAUCCGAUGGCGACGCCCGCAAGAGGGCAAUCAAUUUGGUUAUGUUCUCCUGGAUAAUGCGAACCUUGUCGUUCCAGCAUAUCUCCCAUCCGGCACGCUCAUCUGCGGAGAGGGUCCAGGGGGAACGAAUGAUUCGAACUAG